GCGAAAAAUGUCUCAUUGGUUUCAUCGUAAUCCAAUAAAACCCACGGAAUUUGUCAAAUUCGAUUUGAAAGGAGUACUCACAACUGACACAUGCUCAAAAAUUUGCGGAGAACUGCGUUUGCGUCGUGAUAAAUUAGUGAGCCAAUUCAAAAAUGCUUCAAACGAUUUGGAAGAAGUGACAAAAGAAUUCAAUGAAUAUCUUCGACUUUUUGCCGGGUUUCUUAUCGAAAUUCAGUCAUCUAUGGUAGAAUUGGAAAACAAGGACGCAGGCAACAAAAACAGCAAACUAAUUCCACUGAUCCGCUUCAAAUGGGGUAACUCAAUGCUUCCACAAGCCGCCACAGAAGUUUCGGAUACUUGGUUUGAAGCUCUCAGUAUGAUUCAAUGUAUGGCAAUGUGGCUCACAAAGCAUGCUGCGUCGAUGGCUGGAAAGGAUGAGGUACGAGAAUCUGAUGCAAAGGAAUGUCUUCAGUGUUUGAGACAAGCAGGUGGAAUGUUCCAAUAUGUGAAAGAUGAAUCAUCACGACUUUCCGGUGCCAAUGAAGUUGAAGGCUCAGAUUUUGAUCCGAAAGUUAUGGAAACGUAUAUUUUGACUGCCACAGCAGAAGCACAAGAGGUCAUUGUAGCUAGAGCUAUUGAAAUGAAACAUGAUGAUGGAUUAAUCUCAUCGCUUGCUGCUGUAACUGCAUCGAUAUUCUCAAAAGCUGAUCAAUGCCUGAAUAAUUUGCCUGAUGAGAGUUUUGCGAGAUGGAGAAGAUAUCUGCAAUUGAAGCAUCAUUUCUAUUUGGCGUAUGCUUUUGCCUUCCUCGGACAGAAACAACUAUCAGAGGAUAAAUGUGGAGAAGCUGUGAGAGCUUGUAAGCAAGGAAUUGCUGAGUAUGGAGUUGCUAAAGAAAUGGCAGCAAUGUAUGCAACUGCAACUGGUCCUGGAACUCGUAUCAAGCCUGAGCAACACUUGUUCUUCAGAAGAAUCGAGCCAUUGCUCAAUCGACAUUUGGAAAAAGCGGAGCGAGAAAAUGGAUUCAUCUAUCAUCAAAAAGUUCCAGAUGAGAUUCCUCAAUUGGAUGUAGAAGCAACAUAUGGAUUGGCUAAACUUGAUUCGUUUACCUAUCCUCCACCAGCGGAAUCAUGGAAUACGGCAGUUUAUUCCGCUUUUGAUUUGUCCAAAGCAAAUAUGCCAGAUUUUUCAAAAAUUAAAAAGAGCAAGUCAAAGCUUGAUCCAGUUCACGAGGAGAAAAUCUACCAAACAGAAAAGGAUCCCAGCAAUUCCAGUGGAUGUGUGAUUGCCUAAUAAUUCGAGUCUUUGUACAUUACUGUUCUUCACUAUUUUAUUUUUAAACAUUUCCAUUUCCCCUUACAACCAUGCCCAUUUGUAUGCAAUGUUUCCAAUUUUAGCUGCACGCGUUCUCAUUGAUGCUGGAUGAUAUACAUAAAAAUGUACAUGUUGUUGACACGAUUGAAGACAGUGACCAAAUAUAACGGUCAGUUGAGCAUGCGGCUGAAUCAACCAACAGGUGUGCCAACAUUCAAAGGGCGGUCCUUUGGGGCAGAUCGGAUAUA